AUGUUCAAACAAACAAAACAGAAAUCAAGAACUACACACACUUGGCUAGCGUGGGCCAUCUACAUGGUCUUCACUGCAAACCUCUCUGAAGAGCAAGCGCCGAAGCAUGCUUGUCCUUCAUGUGAUGCCACUCAGCUUUGCAUCUGCUCUUCCAUGGGCUUGGACUUCAUUCCCCCAGGGCUCACGGCCAAAAUCACAACGUUAAACCUGGCCCACAACAGGAUAAAGCACAUCCGAUCCCAGGAUCUGCAGCAGGCUGUGAACCUGAGAGCCCUGCUGCUGCAGUCCAACAAAAUCAGCUCAAUAGAUGAGGACUCAUUUCACUCCCUUGGGAAACUGGAGCUCUUGGACUUAUCAGAUAACAGCUUGGCUCACUUGUCCCCUGUGUGGUUUGGGCAACUUUUUUUGCUCCAGCACCUCCACCUUCAAGGGAACUCCUACAGAGACCUGGGGGAAAGCUCCCCGUUUUCUAGCUUGAGGAACCUGAGCUCUCUCCAUGUGGGCAACCCGUGGUUCUCCACAAUAAGACAAAGGAAUUUUGAGGGCAUUGAGCUUCUUGACAAGUUGUGGAUUGAUGGUCACAAUCUCAGUCAGUAUGAGCCGGGGAGUUUGAAAUUGAUUAAGAAGAUAAACCACAUGAUUGUAAACAUAAGAAGCACUAAUGUAUUCUCAGAAAUUGUCAGGGACCUUCUGCACUCUGUCAUUUGGUUAGAAGUGAGAGAAAUCGAAUUAGAGAUUGAAAAAAAAAGCUUGGUGCAGAAUUCUACACUUCCUUUUAGGAUACAAAAACUUACAUUUAAAGAUGCUUGGUUCACAGAUCAAUCUAUUAGCCGAAUAAUAGUGUUACUGAAGAACAUCACAUCUUUGCGAGAGUUAGAGGCAAUUGAUUGUGCACUUGAGGGGAAAGGAGCAUGGAAUAUUGAAGAAAUUGCAAGCAGUGGGCAAAGUUCUGUUGAAACAGUAUCAAUAAUAAACAUAAUGAUUCAGAAUUUUCAUUUGUUUUUUGACCUGGAUGGUAUGGAGUCACAAAUAAACAAACUGAAAAGACUGUCCAUUGUAAGCUCUAAAGUUUUCAUGGUAGCAUGCAAACUUGCAAGAAGUUUUUCAUCACUUCUGUAUCUGGACUUUCAUGAUAAUUUGCUUGUAAAUAAUCGCUUAGAUGAGACAUUAUGUGAACAAUCUUGGCCUUCAUUGCAAACUUUAAAUUUAAGUCAAAACUCUCUAAAAUCUCUGAAACGGACUGCAGAUUCUAUAACUCGUCUACCCAACCUGAUUAAUCUUGACAUUAGCCAAAAUAAUUUUGGUGAG